UAGUUGACAGUUGUCAAGUUUGAAGUUUGGACUUAUCAGCUGAGAUAUAGUCAAAUAGACGCAUUUUAUAAAGAAUGCAUGAUGAUUUAUUAUUUUUAUAUUAAAUCGAAAUUAAUAAACUAUGUGUAAAAAAUAUUUAAGGAUUUAUAUAAAAGUAAGGGAUUAUUUUUAAUAAAAAUGUGUUCUCUACCGCCUGUACCUCCACCUCCACCACCCCCAUUGCCGCCCAAUUUCACUUUGCCAAAAAUAUCUUUAGAUAAUACUACCCCUCCAAAUUAUGACAAUAUUUGCCAAUGGGCUUUACCUGAGCUCUCUGUUUGGGAAGUAUGUGCCAAAAAUCAAAUAUGCCUCAAUAAAGCUCCAUACCAAUACAAAUACAAAAAAUUUAAAUCAAUUAUGCAACAAGGACCGACUUGUGGCUUAGUCGCUCUCUCCAUGCUUCUGGAUGAACAGAUCACACCCGAAGAGCUGAUGAAUAUAGCAAAACAGAAGGGCUUCAGCAGCAAUGGAGAGAUGUUCAGCUGUAACAAUAUGGCCAAACUUGCACAAUAUGCUAUCACUUUGAUAAAUAAAGAAAAUAUAAAUUUUUGCGUAAAAAUGGGCGGUUUAUUUAGUGAAGAAGUUAUUCUUGAGCUUUUAAAUGGUGCUGUAUUAUUAGUAGCUUACGAUGCUGAUUUUAACCACUCUCCUUGCUUAAGACGUGGGCACACAGCUCACUGGGCAUUAGUCUGUGGUAUAAUAAUAGUCUCAGAGCCGGUGGAGAGUUAUAUUUCAGAUCCUAAUAAUGUUUAUGUGCUGUGCAAACACGGCAAGUCGAGAUACCUCACUGCAUGGUCUCUCAAUGUAUUGGAUAAGAGUAACAAAAACCUUUGGGAGUUUUCUCCAAAGAAACAACAGGACGGCCUCGUAUACACACUGCCUGAAGGUGGGAUCGGAGGAGAAAAUGGUAUAAGAGAUCAAUUUUUAAUAUUCUAUGGUUUGUGAGUGCUAUUCAUUGUAAUAUAUUAUUUGUUUGUUC